UUGUAAACAUCCCUUGAGUAGACGGUAGCUGCAAACUAGUUGAAAUAUUCAACAUUGUGAUUGUGAUAAUGUUCACGAUACUGUCACAGUGUAGAAUCUAACACAGGUCUUAUUCAGUCAAUACACGCACAGAAACUGACAUUUGUCUCUUAUGUUAAAUAACAACACUGUAUUCAGAAUUCAUUGUAUGAUACUAUUUACUGAUCAGCUGAUGGAUUUUUGAGGUCGCGUCAGUACCUGGCCGGUUGUUGACCUCAGUUUACCGCAUUUCCGCAUUGUUGCAGUAGAACUAGAAGGAAGAGAUGGCAACUCUAUGUCCACUGUCUCCACUACUGUCUUCAAGUGUUGUACACAGUGUGCUUCUCAUCCUCAACAGGCCAUUGGAACCUGAAAUAAAGGUUCUUAAACAGCUGUGGUCCAAAGCUGUUUACCGAGCCUGUGCAGAUGGGGGUUCCAACAGACUGUACAACACCAUGGGGGGUGACCGAGACAGCUACAUCCCCAACAUCAUCACAGGAGACUUCGACUCCGCUCAUAAGUCUGUGCUUGACUACUACCGGAACAAGGGAGUGGAUGUUGUUAUCACUGAAGACCAGGAUGAAACAGAUUUCAGCAAAUGUCUUCGAGUCACCUUGCAGAAAACAGCAGACUUGCAGUACGACUUCAUAACAGUUAUUGGUGCUUUCGGAGGCAGGUUAGACCACCUGUUCGGUAAUAUCAACACACUCUUCCUGGCACACACUCUCACCAAGAAGCCAGUUGUCCUCAUCUCAGAGGGGUCGGUCGCGUGCUUGCUGGGACAGGGCAAGCACGUUCUGAAAGUGGACACUGGGUUGGAAGAUGACUGGUGUGGGCUGAUCCCCAUGGGCGCGACAUGUGAUCAUGUGACUACCACUGGACUAAAGUGGAAUUUGGAUAACCAAGCUCUACAGUUCGGUGAUCUCAUCAGUACUUCAAACACAUACGAUGGUUCUCAAGCCGUAACCAUAGAAACUGACAAGCCAUUGCUAUGGACAAUGGGAUACAAGAGUAUAUAACACAGCUCCAGAUAAGCUUUUGGUGUUGUGGGUAUUUUACCCAUGCAUUUUAAAAUCAUUGGGUAUCAGUAAUUCUAUUUGGGUA